GAAACAAAUGGAGAUUCAGAGCCAGUUCCCUUGAUGGAAGAAAACCAUGUACAAGAACCAUCCCCUAAGAAGAUCAAGUUAGAGCUGGAGUCACAACCUGGUGGGUAUAUAUACAUCUAAAUGCUGGAAAAUAAAGUUUGCACAAUCCUAAGCAAGGCCAGUCAUACUCCAGUAAAAAUUUUGCCCACAGAAAAAAUGGAUUUUAAGAGAUGUAUGAGUUGUUGUGCAUGUGAUAUUUGAGAAAACUUUUUUUUUAUAUACUUUAUUCUUAUUUUAUUGCUUAUAUUGAUAUCUCCUUGUGUAUUUGUAAUAAACACAGGAAUUUUAUUAAAUAAUGAACGAGUGCAACUUAUUGUCUAUGCACUUCUAUGAUCCAUUACAUUUGCAACAUCUGUAGUUGUUUUUUUUUAGUUGAAGUACCUAUUUUAAAAAAUAAAUUGUCAUGUUGUUAUUAAGGUUAAACACAAUUGAUCAUAUGACGUGAUCCUCAAACUUCCUUGACUAAUAAACAUGUCUUUUCUUACCAUCAAGAGAAUAGCUUUAAACUUUUAAGUUUUUUAUAUUGAUAAAGCUAACCUAUUAAUUGACAAAUUGAUGACAUGGAGAAAAGGGUAAUUAUUUGUGAACAGAAAGUCCUUGAUGGUGCGAAACUCUGUGUUUUUUAGUCAGUGCCAUUUCAUUUUGUUUUUUAUUAAUCUUAUAUAUAUAUGUGGGACUCUUUUUACUGGUGAUUAGAAUAGAUUGAAAUUAAAAUAAAAGUUUAAAGCAAAAAUUUCAUACUGAAAUUUGUUAUUGAAAAUGUUCAUCUUUUCUUAUUUGAAUUAGACAUUGAAGAAAUUAAAUAGUUAACUUAUAUAUGGCUUGAGCUAUAUGGUGCAAACGUGUGACAAGAAAUGCCUUGGGAGGUUUUGCAAACUGUAUUUUUCAAAAUUUUUCCAAUUUUCAUGCAUUUCCCCUUCACAUUAAGCAGAACUCCUUCGCCAACUUCAUACCCGUAUGAGUUUCAUGCAAUCAUUAAGACCGCUUCUGAUAUUUGUCUUUUUUUCUGUUUCUCUUUGUUUUUGAGUUUUGUUCUUUAUAGGCUUCGGUUAAGCAUCAUCAUGGCCGCAGAACUGAAUGGUUUUUAUACUCAGAAUCAACUCGUGGAAUACAAGAAUCUCAUGUAGUAUAAAUGUCUAUUGAUAGGAAUAUUGUAAGGCUUUAGAUUUACUUGUGAUUAAAAAAUCCUAUCCAUUUCAAAAACACUAUAGUAAAUUUAAAAACCUACAAGUUAAAAUGGUACAUAAAUAUUGCUACAUGUAGGAACCAAUAUAUGGUUGAAAAAGAUAAAAUAACAUAACCACAUUUGUGAAUUCAUUUACUUUACACAUUUAUGUGUGCUAUGCAUCCAAUUUAGAUAAGGGGAUGGGGCAUACAUGUGGUUCAUAUGUAUUAUGACCUAUCCGUUUUUCCAGGGACCCUUUGUAAUUCAUCUUUUAUAUCUUAAAAGUUUGAUCAAAUGUCUUGUCCUUAAAUGAAUAAGCUGAGGGUAUUUUUAUAAUGCUGUUUAUCUAAUUACACAUGACUUUUACAAAUGAUCUGAAUAUUGCAAACUACAUGUAAAUGAAACUGUCUUUUAUUUUCAAUAUUGGCCACUACAGUGGAACCUUUGAAAUUCUGAUGGAUAUUUACACUCUUGUGGUCUUGUUUUCAAUGCAAAGCAUAGUAUUUGUUGCUGUAUAAUUGGUUGGGGUGAUAACAAGAUCCUUUUUUUUUACAUGGGGGAUGUUACAUUUUCAUUCCAGUGACUACAUAUGUGGCUAAAUCCUCGAGUAAUAUCAUGUCAAACUCUACCUUCUAUCUUAAGAAAUUAAGUUAUGCUAUCUCAAAGGAAAGACUGGCCUAUUAUAGAUGUUCAGAUGUUGAAUACAUUGCAUGUUUUUAAUGCUGUCCUAGCACCCAUUUCAGAGAGAGUUGCGUUCAUACGCUAGUUCCAAAUGCGCUUUUCUUGUGGGUUGAAUAUCUUCUUUGCAUUUGAUUGGACUCCUUUCUGCAAUAGGCCCCAAAAUAAUUAAUAUUUAGAUACAAAGUGUUUUCACCCCAGCAAUCUCAUAUCCAACAGAAUUAUGGCACCCUAUUUGGCUUACCAUAUUUAAAUCAUUUGUAAAGUCAUUUGUAACUUUACAAGCAGCUUUACGAAAGAAUACCCAAUGUAUUACCAUCCCAUACCUUGUACACGUACAUUCAAAACAUUUUGGCAAAAUCUUUGCUAGACAUUUCAAAGGAAUGGAUUAAGACCAGUGUAAAUAGUCUGCUCUUUCUUUCUCUCUUUUUUUCUCUUUCCUUGUUCGUUAUUCUUCCAGGUUGACGCUUUCUCCAUGCACUUGACGCAGGCGGCUUGCCGAUGAGGCACUCUAAUGUGUGCAUUAAAGAAAAUCAAAAGUAACACGACUAAUUUGAUAGAGUAGGGAAAAGGAAAUUAUCAUGAAUUUGUUUGUUCUGAUUUCUGCAUGCUAUAGCCCUUUUAUACAAUUAUAUAGAAAAUACUGACAAGUAUCAGAAGGUUGUAAUGGAUAAUUUCAGUUAUAUGGAUAAGUCUUUCACAAUUUUUAGUAUGGGAGAAUAUGAGAUCAGACAACCCAUUUGGGAAAGUGACUACUAAUUGUUGUUUUGCCUUAAUAUUUUUCAGACAAAGCCCUGAAAUUCAUUAAAAUACAGGGGUAUUUUUUUCAGCUAUGCCCUUUUUUUCGUUUUUCAGUUGUUUUGUUUAGUGCUAAAACCAUAUAUUGAAAAAAAAACAAUUACUACAAUUUUUGAAUUGGCAACAGGUGGAUUCAUCAAAAUCAAUGUUUUUUGUGCAAAUUUUCAAAAUUCCUUUCUUCACACUUCUCAAGAAAAUAUCAAUCUGUUUCUGAUACAUCAAUUCCAAAAGGAAGAAAAUGUAGUAAUGAAAAAAAAUGCUUGUGUUGCCAAUUUGAAGAAUAAAAUGUGAGCAAUUCAUAGUCCCAAAUGGGUGAAGUGCAUUGAGUGUCUCCAUGUGUUAGAAAAAAAGCAUCAUUGUUGAUUUAAAAGCCAGAGUGGUACAUAUUUUUUUCAAGUAUAGACAAAUGUUAUUUUUAUUAUGACAAUAUCAGAUAUCUCUUUUUUUUUAAAGAAGCUUAUGUGUGUUGGUGUGAAGGGUGAAAUUGAGAAGGAAGUUAUUUUGGCCUGCUCCAAGGCCCCAUGUACCGUAACCUGUUUGUUUCUUCUCUUGUUUUUUGGUCGUCUUUUAUUUGCAUAUAAAAGCGAAAGCAGCGGGGAGUGAUGCAUUGUCUUUCUGAGCAGCUGACAGAAGUGGGCGACUGAGACAACAUCAUCACAUUUUUUCUCUUUAUUUCUCCCCAUCCCAUAUUUCCCUUCACUUUGAUCUGUAGUGUAAAUUAAAAUUACUCUGACAGCCAUAUUGGUACAUUUUUAAUCCCUUGAAGUAAAAUUUGCUCCCCUUACUAUACCCUCAUCCGAUUUUAUGCGAUUUCCAGUUCACUCAAUGUUGAAUAAUUUUGCUAUUACCAUAUGGCCAAUCUUGAAAAUGUGUAUGUGUCAUCUUAACAUGUUGAAAUUGUAGGUCUAUUUAUGAAUUUUCUAUGGUCAUGUUUAUAGGAUGACAAGAAUUUAUGUACAGAAUUUCAUUAAAACUUGAAUGUGGAAUCCUUCCAAUGAUAUCACAAUAACCCAGAUUACUUGGUAAAUUAGAAUUUCCCAAAUGUUAUGAAUAUAUUUUUAAGGACCCUUCUAAUUGACAUUAGAGCCCUGCUAUUAAACCAUGGAGCCAUAAUAACCAAGAAUUGCCCUCCUUUCCUGCAAAUGAUAUUUGUCUUUUGGUGAUGUUGGAUAUGACUCAAGGUUUUUCUUCCCUGUCUUUGUAUUUUUUUUCUUCUUUGCAUUAUUUAUUUAUUUUAUGCCAUGUAGCUUCAGCUAGCAGCAUGUGUGAAAGGGGGUGAAGAGGUCGUAUAUAAACGUAUGACCUCUGACCUUAGUCGACCCACAAGCAAUCCACCAUGGCCAGUGAGGUCGCUGACCUUUCCGCUCUUCAGACAGUCGGAUCGAUCCCAUGUAAAAAAAUUAAUUGGCCCGAUGCUGCACCACAACCCGUCAUUCGGCUAUCGGUCCAACCACCCCUUAACGCUACUCUAGUGGCGAACAGCAGUCCUCACCCCCGUCGGCACCGCAGAGCUUCGAGUUCCAGUUUGCCGAGCAGACGGGGCCGGUGCUCGCCGGCCCUGGCGCUAAGAAAGAGAGCCUGCUGUCGAUGCCUGGGAUGCCGUCCAUGAUGGGGCUACCGAAGCUGAGCUCGGAGCAGCAGGAGGCAGUGAUGAGAGCUAAGAAGUACGCCAUGGAGCAGAGCAUCAAGAGUGUGCUGGUCAAACAGACAUUAGCACACCAGCAACAGCAAAUGUCCAACCUUCAGAUGCAAGCCCAGAGGCAGCGUGCCAUCGCCCUGAUGUGCAGGGUGUAUGUCGGCUCUAUCAGCUUUGAACUGAAGGAAGACACCAUCCGUCAAGCCUUCCAUCCCUUCGGUCCCAUCAAGAGCAUCAACAUGUCCUGGGACCCCAUCACCAUGAAGCACAAGGGAUUUGCAUUUGUGGAGUAUGACCUUCCUGAAGCAGCCCAGCUGGCCCUGGAGCAGAUGAACGGUGUCAUGAUAGGUGGAAGGAAUAUCAAGGUUGGUCGACCAAGCAAUAUGCCCCAGGCACAGCCAGUAGUAGACCAAAUUAUGGAAGAAGCCAAGAAUCAGCCGAGGAUAUUUGUCACAUCAAUCCAUUCAGAUCUCUCAGCUGAUGAUAUCAAAAGUGUAUUUGAAGCCUUUGGUAAAAUUGUAACCUGUAAUCUACCAUCAGACUCUAUUGGAGGAAAACACAAGGGUCAUGGGUUUAUUGAAUACGAGAACAUGCAGUCAGCUUCGGAUGCCAUUUCAUCGAUGAACCUCUUUGAUCUCGGAGGCCAGUUUCUUAGAGUUGGAAGAGCGAUUACCCCUACAACAAUGACUGCGAUUCCCGCUGUUCUUACUGGCACUGGUCUUCCUCCCGCUGCUGCUGUUGCUGCCGCCGCUGCUACAGCUAAGAUACAGGCCCUCGAUGCCGUGACAGCACCAGCUGCAGCUGCAGCUCUCAGCAUGGUGAGUGGAGCCCCGACUAGCCUCAUCAACCCUACCGCCUUGACAGCUGCUCCCGGACUUCUGGCAACGCCUCAGGUCGGCAUCCUGGGUAUGCCCCAUGCCGUCAUGGCAAGUUCAGCAGCUGGAGUUAUCACAGGAGUGACACCCGUCAGACCCCAGAUUGCUACGAUCCCUAUCUCCACAGCAGCUCCUGGUGUCCUGACGACGGCCCCCGGGAUGACCGCUGGCUUGAUGGCCCCCACCAUGGCAGUCGCAGCAACGGCCGGUAUCACAACGGAACUACCCAAGGAGGAAGUGGUGGAGACGAAAGAUGCAGAGCUUCCGCAGACCAUCAGCGAGCAGGAGAACAUGACGAUAUCAGGCAGCAACGCAAGGCACAUGGUCAUGCAGAAAUUACUCAGAAAAUCAGACUCAUGUGUUAUGGUGUUGCGCAACAUGGUGGGCGUAGAGGACCUUGACGAUGACCUGGAAGGUGAGGUGACGGAAGAAUGCGGCAAGUUUGGAACGGUCAACAGAGUGGUCAUCUACCAAGAGAGACAGGGAGAGGAGGAAGAUGCGGAGGUCAUCGUCAAAAUCUUUGUGGAAUUUGGAGAUCCAGCAGAAGCCGAGCAAGCAGCUGAUGCUCUCAACAGUAGAUGGUUUGGUGGCAGGAUGGUCCGGGCAGAGAUCUACGACCAAGACAAAUUUGAUUCAAGUGACUUAUCGGGUUGAUCCCCUUCUUCCAACCUGUUCAUUCUUCUAUUUCUCCAAUGUACAUGGUGAUUUCAAUUUCAGUGUUGACAGCUGGUAUAGGUGUUGGGUCGAUUUUUACGCAAGCCACAUCAUUUUAAUUAAAGGUAAUGCAAGAUCUGACCUUUUGAGCCAUUGAUGGUGUCAGUUUUGUUGAUGAUUGGUGUAAAUCUGCAUUUGGUGUUGGGGGUAUCUUAGGUGUCCAAAUGUAUACUCUCGACUUAAACACCAGCCAGCACUAAUGUCAACACCAAAUUUGAUAUCACCCAUUGUGUUCUUUCCAUCUUUUGCUGAUUCAUCAGUCUUGCCCACCUUGACAACUGUUUUAUGUAAGAUUCCUGAACGUCCUUUUCUUUAAUCCAUGAGCACCUAAAUCUGUGGUCAGAAGUUUUCUGGUUCUUUAAAUUCGAAGAAAGUCAGUUAAGGACCAGAGGCUUUUGCAAACAGACUUUAGGCUGUUAGGUCCAGGGGUAUGUCGGAUGAAUGCGUUGGAAAUUUAUGCAUGACUUUACAAAUGAAUUGAAAUAUGACAAGCCAAAUGGGUGUGGUCAAUCAUUUCAUAAUCACUUCAGCUUAAAUUGAAGUAUGCAGAUGCAGAGUAACUAUCUUAUCAUAAACACUGAUAUUUCAUGCAAAGAUUUUUUUUUUCCCUCAGUUCAAGUUAGAUAUCUGGAAAUGCAGUCCCACUUAGAAAUUAGGAGGAAAUUCUUUGGCCAUACCAUUCAGCAAUCCAUAUUUAAUUCAUUCAUAAAGCCAUUUAUAACAUUAAGAAAUGGUUAUUUAAACACUUCCCAGAAGCCUAUUAUGCCACAGUCAAACCAACAAAACUGAUCAAAUACCAUCCAAAGUAACGUAUUUGCUUUGAUUGAUCUAGAGUUGGUUUCAUUGGUCUGACUGUAGCAUAUGAUUAGUAGCAUAUAUUUUGUGAAACUUUUACUAUCGAUGCUCUAUUUCUUAAACCCCGGAUCACACUUUGUUGAAAAACUGUUCAUAUUGAUUUGAAUUCUUAGUAUAAGAAAUUAUAUGUUUGGGUAAUUCAAUUAUGAAACAAAUUUAAGUUAUCCAAUGCAAACAAACUCUCACAUCCUCAAAUUGGCAACCAAUUCAUUCAGAUGCAAAAAAAGAAUCUUCCACUAAAUUUGGCAGGUUGUAAUGCACUAUGUAAUAUAUUUAUUAUACCAGUUUUAUUUUAGAUAUAUUGACUGCUGAUUGAAUAUGAAUGGAAAGUAAAUAUUGGUGUUGCCAAUUUGAGGAGAGAACUCCGAGGCAUUGUGAUGAUUGAAAUAUAAUUUCUAUGACUGAUCUUCUCUCAAGUGUAUUCCAGUAGGAUAGUCCAGAUUACGUCUGUAUAGAUCCACCCUUUCAUAUGUACAAUGAAAUAUCAUGCAAUGAAGUUUGUUUAUUCUAUGUUAUUUUGUACUUGUCACACUUUUAUAUCAAUGUAAUGAAUGCACAAUCAAUAUUAUGACAUGUUCUAUUUCAGUGAAUAUGUAUCAAAAAAAUAUAUAUUCAUGAGUUUUUAUCCGGGUAGUCUGUUGUAUCAAUGAAUUCUAUGAUUGAAUCCGGCUAUUCUGUUUCUUGCUGGUGAUUCUUUGUUUACCUGGUUGCUAUUGUGUGAAUGCUUGUAAGAAAGCAACCAGAGGACUGAAGGCUUAAUGUCCUCUCUGAGGAACCUGGUAAUGAGGGUAAAUUCCUUACCAAAGGGCACUAGUGCACCAAGUGGGAUAUCAAAUCUUCUUAGGCAUAUAUUGUAUGUCCUGGGACUAAUUCACUGAAAGUGCUAAAAUCAGUUUUUAGACAUUUAAUCUAUUAUCUGAUAUGUCAUUGGUCUACAUACUGCAGCAUUUCAAAAUGGUUUUACCUGUUAGGGAAUGAUACAUGUAGAGAGUGACUUUGCUAGAGAUUUAGCAAUUGUUAUUGAUUUCAUGUUUCUUAAACAGGGGCAGAGAUAUAUGUAAUUACUACACUGGUUUUAUUAUCAUUUUACAUUGUAAUAGGUCUGAUUUCAUUUUGUGGCAUGAUGAUCGACAUACCUGGUCAAAAUUUAAAUACAUGAGAUUCUAAUUGGUUGAUUUCAUUUUUUUUACAUUUUUCCGUUCUCAAUGGAAUACAUGCUGCGCAUGUGAUGCACGUGCAUUAUGGGUAAAUUUUAGUUGACUUUGAAGUCACUAUUUUAUUGUCAUGCUGCUUAGAGUCUUUUUUUAGGAAGAGUUGCCAGAUAUAUCAGAACCCAAGAUGUUGUUCUUACCCUUUGUAUUGAAAAUGACCAUGUGCCCAUUGAGAGAUGUAUUGGAUAAAUGUACACCCUAAAUGGUGUUCUAUCUUAAGCUGUUGCUUGCUGCUAGAUGGAGGGUAGUCUGCUGUGCAAACUCUUCACUCAAGGAAAGUGGUCUGAAUUCUCAGCCUACAGUGACUUGUGUACAGAAGGUCCCUCUUGCUCAGAAACGGCAAGUUGUAUCUUAGCAAGCCAGGAUUCGAUGAACGGGAUAAUGUAUUUGUAAAAUACCUGGAGACGUCUUAUUAUUUAGCGCUGUAUGAAAGUGGAAUAUCAUUAUAAUUAUCCCUAAUUUAACAAGUUUAUUAUCAACCUUUGUUAACAGUGUCUCCCACCUCAGAAAUACCCCCCUCUUGCUGUGAUAUUUUAUUGUAAAGCACAAUACAGCAAUGCAAUCUACCUUUUGUAACGGACCCCAUUGAAUCACAAAAAAUAGUCUUUAAGUAUAAAGUACAACCGAAGCUAGGGCCAAAUAAAGUAUACUGUUGAAUGCAAGUGUUAACGUAUAAGUGUUAAUGAUCUAUAUUAUUAUGUAUGUGCUUUCAAAGUGCUGUAAUUAUUUAUGUCAGCCUUAUUAGCUGUAGUUUGCCAGCUACCAAACUCAUUGUAAAUAAAGAAUUGUGUACAUAUUUUA